AUGAAUGGCAUAAAAUCUCUGUGUAUGCGGCGCUCGCCGCAACGGCGCCCGCCGCAACAAGCGCCAUCUGCCGCGGACCAGCGACGAACGCCAACGCGCCGCUGCGCAACCAGCGCUACUAACGCAGCUGAGGAACGCGCAGCAGACGGCUCCAUUGCUGUGUAUGCGAUCUCCGACCUGCACACGGACCAUCCGGCCAACCUGCGCUGGCUGGAGGGCCUCGCCCCCCCGCCGUGGCGGGGCCCCGCCGCCCACACCAACGUGCUGCUGGUGGCGGGUGACAUCAGCCACGACCUGGGGCUGAUCAGGCGCUCCCUGCAGCUGCUGCGGGCCUCCUACGACCGCGUGCUAUUCGUAGCAGGCAACCAUGAGUGCUGGAGGCACACGAAUGACCACACCCUGCGGAACGUCGCGGCUGCACACGCGUCGCCCGGCUCCACCUGCGGCAGCGCCGGGCCCACCGUGCUGCCGCAGGUCAAGGGCGAUGAGCAGCAGCGUGGCGGCGCGGCUGACUCUGUCGCCAAGCUGGAGGCGGUGCAUGCGCUCUGCCGCGAGCUGCGGGUGGACACGCAGCCGCUGCGCCUGGGGCGCCUGUGGAUAGCCCCGGUGCUGAGCUGGCACCACAAGGAUUGGGACAAGGAGCCCGACAUUCCGGGCGUACCGGGGGCGACGCCCCUGACCAUCUCGGAUUACUCAGCGUGCACCUGGCCCUCAGAGACAGUUGGGGCCUCCUCCCACGGCGCAAGGGAGCUGGCGGCCUGGUUUGACGCCCUCAACGAGGCGCCGGGGACCGAGCGCGCGGCUGCAUGGGGCGAGCUGUGGAAAUGCGCCUGCAGCGGCGGCGGCGGCAUCGAAAGCAAUGAUGAAAACGGCGGCAGCAGCAGCAGCAGAAGCGGCAACGGCAGCAGCAGCAGUCGUAGCAGCAGCAGCGACAGUUACGACAUCAUCAGCUUCUCGCACUUUUUACCGCUCCAGGCAUUGCUCCCUGAGAAGCGCUUCCUCGCGUUCCCGCCCCUGGCCAAGGCGGUUGGGUCCGACUUCCUUGCGGAGCGGCUGCGGCGGCUGCAGCCGGCGCUGCACGUCUUCGCCCACAGCCACUUUGCGUGGGACUGCACGCUAGGCGGCACGCGCUACGUGCAGGCGCCGCUGUGCUAUCCAUCAGAGCGGGUGCGCCGCGGCAAGAGCAUCCGCUUGGGCUUGAGUGUCGCGGCGUGGCAGCGCCAACAGGAGGAGCAGGGGCUGGGCGGCCCGGGGGUAGCGGUGGCUGCAGGGGUUGCAGAGGCGAGGGAUGGGCAGCAGGAUGCGGGCGGCGACAGCGGCGUCCCUGGCAGCGGCGAGGGCUUGGAAUCGGACCUGCCACUGCUCAUUUAUGUGGCGCACUUUGCGGGCAGCAGCGGCGGUGAUGGGGGUGGCAGCGACGAGUGGCACGCUCAGUGGGCGCCACCCCUGGAAGCCAUGUGGUCCAACUACUACCAAUCAAACCCUCGGCAGCCAUUGGUGACAACGCUAGCGCCCUGGGUCGCGCCGCGCUUCGAGCGACGCCGGCAGCGGCUGGCUGCAGUGGCGUUAACAAGCAGCACGGACAGCAGCAGCGACACUGAGGCUGGGUAA